AGGUUGACAUACAUGGUCGCAGCCAAUAUGACAGGCACAGAAAAACUUCCACUUCUUGUAAUAGGCAAAGCAAUGAAUCCUCGCUGUUUCAAGAAUGUUAAGUCUCUUCCCACAGAGUACACUGCAAAUAAAAAGGCUUGGAUGACAUCAAGCAUUUUCCAAGAUUGGCUAGUUAAGUUGGACGAAAAAAUGCACCGGAAGCGGCGACGAAUUGUGCUUAUUGUUGACAACUGUCCAGCCCAUCCUGAUGUAGACAAUCUGAAGGCCAUCAGACUUGUGUUUUUGCCUUCGAACACAACAUCCAAGACUCAGCCGAUGGACCAAGGCAUCAUCAACAACUUAAAGGUCCACUACAGAAAGCAGCUGAUGACCAAGUUCAUCAAGGCCAUUGACAAGAAGGAGUCUGUAAGCAUAACAGUCCUUGAUGCCAUGCAACAUUUACGACAGGCUUGGGACUGCGUCCAACCCCAGACAAUCAACAAGUGCUACUUGCAUGCAGGCUUCAAGAUCUCAGACCAGACCAACACCCGAGCCAAUGCUGACAGCGACCCUGAGGAUGAUGUGCCCCUUGCCACCCUAGUUGUCAACAACAUCACUCUUGCGCAGUAUGCCAGUGUGGAUGAUGACUUAGUAACCAGCUGCCCUGCCAGUGAGCAAGACAUCGUCCAGAACAUUAUUGAUUCCAGGACCAGGACCCAGCUUCUCAGUGACGACGAAGAUGAAGACGAUGUGCCCCCUCCUCUACCACCUACUCUUGAUGCCACAACAGCAGCCCUAGAAAUCGUCAGGCGUUAUGUGAUAUCACAAGACGAUGGAGACAGUGUAAUGACAGGAUACAACAUGGUGGCCAACUAUGUUACAGAAAAGGAAAUGAAGAAAUGUUUCACAAAGAGACAAUCCCUCAUGACAUCAAGUUAG